AUGAAGAGUUUUGAAUAUAUUGGCGUAUUUAUUGUGCUUAUUGCGACAAUGAAUAGUUUUGUAUCGACAACUACGCCCACAAAUCCUACAGCGCCUACAAAUCCGACAACACCAACAAAUCCUACAGCGCCUACAAAUCCGACAACACCAACAAAUCCUACAGCGCCUACAAAUCCGACAACUCCAACAAAUCCCACAACUCCGACAACUCCCACAACACCUACCACUCCCACGACUCCAACAACUCCCACAACACCUACCACUCCCACAACACCAACAACUCCCACAACACCAACAACUCCCACGACACCAACAACUCCCACUACUCCAACCACACCUGCAAACCCCGCUCCACCAGCUACACCUCCUGCAGUACCCUCGCCACCGCCAAAUGGCGGCGGUGCCAAGAAGAAACGAGUAAAAAUUACAAAUUUAAAAUUUUCAGUUAAACGUAAAGUCAAAAAGAACAACCAGAAAUCUGGUUAA